AAUUAAAAAAUAUAUACGUGUAGGGAAAAACUGGUGAACAAUUGUGGAUAGGAGAAACUGCAACAAAAAAUUUCUCAAGAGAAAUUUACAAGAAAACUACAUUUAAAAUUUAUUAAAACUACAGAAAUACAACAAUUAGUUUAUUUUUUAGAUAAAUAUUAUUGAGUUGCAAUAAUAUAGACCAGUUGGAAGUUUGAAAGCAGUGCUUAAAAACACUGCAAUACGCAAGCAAAAAAACAAAAAAAAGAAAAAGAACGAAGUGAGAAGUGAAAAAGUAAUGGCUUGUGCAGCAGCAAAUUCUGGCAAAGAAUCGACGGCUGCAGUAAAUGGUUCAAAUGGCAAUACAAGUGUGAUUGGAGCAGGAAAUGUUGCAAAUACAAAUACCGUUGGGGCAGCUGGAUUAGUAAAUAGUGCAGGUGGCAGCAACACGAUUACUGGUGCGUCUACUGCAGGUGGUGGCGGUGGUGGUGGUGUGGUCGGUGUAACUGGGAGUGUCAGUGCUGGCAGCAGUGUAGGUGGGGCAGGUAAUGGCGUUACCGGAGGUAAUGGUGUUGCAGGAAGCAGUGGCACAACAGCUAGUGGCACCGGCAAUUCCAAUGCCAAUAGACAGGCACGUUUCGCUAUGGAAGGUGUAGGAGCAAGAGUAAUACGUGGUCCGGAUUGGAAAUGGGGCAAGCAGGAUGGUGGCGAGGGUCACGUCGGCACCGUACGCAACUUUGAAUCUUCCGAGGAGGUCGUUGUCGUUUGGGACAAUGGCACCGCCGCCAAUUAUCGCUGUGCCGGCGCUUAUGAUCUACGCAUAUUGGAUAGCGCACCGACUGGCAUUAAACAUGAUGGCACAAUGUGUGAUACCUGCCGUCAGCAGCCGAUUUUCGGUAUACGUUGGAAGUGUGCCGAAUGCAUUAACUAUGAUCUUUGUUCAAUUUGUUAUCAUGGUGAUAAACAUCAUUUGCGUCAUCGUUUCUAUCGCAUUGCCACGCCGGGUGGAGAGCGUAUCAUGUUGGAGCCGCGGCGUAAAUCGAAGAAAGUCGCUGUACGCGGCAUAUUUCCAGGUGCACGUGUUGUGCGUGGCGUCGAUUGGCAAUGGGAAGAUCAGGAUGGUGGUGUUGGUCGACGUGGUAAAGUGAAUGAAAUACAGGAUUGGUCUUCGGCAUCGCCGCGUUCAGCCGCCUACGUUGUGUGGGAUAAUGGCGCAAAGAAUUUGUAUCGUGUUGGUUUUGAGGGUAUGGCCGAUUUGAAGGUGGUUAACGAUGCCAAAGGCAAUACGGUAUAUCGCGAUCAUUUGCCAUUGUUGGGUGAGAAUGGUCCCGGCAAAGGGCCACAUGGUUUUCAGAUUGGUGAUAAAGUUACCGUUGAUUUGGAUUUGGAAAUUGUACAAUCCUUACAGCAUGGACAUGGCGGCUGGACCGAUGGUAUGUUUGAAUGCCUUAAUAAUCCGGGCAUAGUAGUGGGCAUCGAUGAGGAUCACGAUAUUGUGGUUGCAUAUAAUUCCGGUAAUCGUUGGACUUUCAAUCCAGCUGUAUUGACAAAAGUGUCAUCCCCAACCACCGCACCACCCGAAUUCCAAGUGGGUGAUAUUGUGAAAAUAUGCUCCGAUGUGGAGAGUAUUAAAAUGCUGCAACGUGGUCAUGGGGAAUGGGCAGAUGCAAUGCAAUUGACUCUUGGGAAAUUGGGCCGUGUGCAGCAAGUUUAUCACGAUAAUGACUUGAAGGUGGAAGUGGGUAAUACAUCCUGGACUUAUAAUCCGCUUGCAGUAACUAAAGUGGCUUCAGCUUCCGCUGAUGGCAGCUGUGUACCAGUUAUUUCUAGUGGCGAACGUUUAUCCGCUAUACUGAAGAAACUUUUCGAGCCCAAUGUGUCAGGCGAUGCCACUGAGGAAUUUGUUAAGGCCGCCGCCAACGGUUAUGCAUCUCGUUGUGAGGAAUAUCUCUCAGGCACGGUGCAGUCGGGUACCACCUCCACCGCUGCAGGUGCCACCGCCGUUGCUGCUGGCGCACAAGGCACCGUGCCCGAUGUAAAUGGCGUAUUCGCCGGACACACCGCACUACAAGCCGCCAGUCAAAAUGGACACACUGAUGUAAUACAGGUUUUAUUGCGACACAAUGUCGAUGUUGAAAUCGAAGAUAAAGAUGGUGAUCGUGCAGUGCAUCAUGCAGCUUUUGGCGAUGAACCGGCUGUCAUUGAGAUACUCUCCAAGGCUGGCGCUGAUUUGAAUGCACGUAAUAAGCGGCGCCAAACAGCGUUGCAUAUCGCUGUCAAUAAGGGACACUUGAAUGUAGUGAAAACUUUACUCGCUCUGGGUUGUCAUCCGAGUUUACAAGAUUCCGAGGGAGAUACCCCUUUGCAUGAUGCCAUUUCGAAGGAACAUGAUGAGAUGCUGUCGCUAUUGCUCGACUAUGGUGCCGACAUUACACUAACCAAUAAUAAUGGCUUCAAUGCACUACAUCAUGCUGCGCUCAAGGGCAAUCCGAGCGCCAUGAAAAUAUUACUCACAAAAACCAAUCGUCCAUGGAUUGUCGAGGAGAAAAAGGAUGAUGGUUAUACUGCUUUACAUUUGGCAGCAUUGAAUAAUCACGUUGAAAUUGCUGAAUUGCUCGUGCAUAUGGGCAAAGCUAAUAUGGAUAGGCAAAAUGUGAACUUGCAGACGGCGCUACAUUUGGCCGUCGAGCGUCAGCAUGUGCAAAUCGUUAAGUUGCUCGUGCAGGAAGGUGCCAAUUUGAACAUUCCAGAUAAGGAUGGUGAUACGCCUCUACAUGAAGCCUUGCGUCAUCAUACACUCUCACAGCUCAAACAAUUGCAAGAUGUGGAGGGUUUCGGCAAGCUGUUAAUGGGUCUACGCAAUCCGAAUAAUAAAAAGGCAUCCGCCUCGAUUGCUUGCUUUUUAGCAGCAAACGGCGCAGAUUUAACACUGAAAAAUCGUAAACUGCAAACGCCAUUGGACUUGUGUCCCGAUCCGAAUCUAUGCAAGACACUCGUCAAAUGCUAUAAUGAACGUAAAACUGAUGAUACCGAUUUGCCGGGUAAUGUGGCCGGCACUAGUUUGAAUGCACGUGCACGUGCACUUGCUACACCAGCCACUGCUGGCGCUGCUGGUAGUAUUGGUGUUAAUGGUAGUGUUGGUAAUUUGAAUUCCUUGCCUGUGGUGUCAAGCGGUGGUAAUGGUGGUGGUAUGGGUAUUGUUGGCAUGCCAGCUGGCUUACAUCAAACAGUUGGUGGUAAUCUGCCAUUGAGCACAGUGAUGAAAGGUGGCAGUGUUAACAGCGUUGGUAGUAGUAGCGGUGUUGCCGAUAUACGUAGUGGUAGCGCACCCGCUGGUGGUGGCUUGAACACUUUGGCCAAUGAUCUGAACCAAUCUUUACAUGCUGCCAAUGAGGCGGUGAAACAGUCAACAUUGGAGGAGUGUCUUGUCUGCUCUGAUGCCAAGCGCGAUACUGUAUUUAAGCCUUGUGGACACGUUUGCUGCUGUGACACUUGUGCGCCACGCGUUAAAAAAUGUCUUAUUUGUCGUGAAACAGUCACAUCACGUGAGAAAAUCGACGAAUGUUUGGUUUGCUCCGACCGACGCGCUUCCAUAUUCUUCCGCCCUUGUGGUCAUAUGGUCGCUUGCGAGAAUUGUUCCAGUUUGAUGAAGAAAUGUGUGCUCUGUCGCACACAAAUCGAAGAAAUGUUGCCCUUCUCUUUGUGCUGUGGCGGCGCUGGCAUGGCUGAGAAGGUGCAUGGCGUUGGCUAUUGCUUGACCGAUGAUAAAUCGAAGGAAAUGCACUGUGUUAAUACUUCGGGGCAUGGUGUUGCCAUGAAUAAUACCGUACCCGGCGCUAUGAGCACGCCUGUCGCUGCUGCAAAUCAAUUAAAUAAUCAAAAUAAUAUUUUGGCUAACAAUGCUGGAGGUGCUGCGGCAACAAGUGCCGCCACCGUUUUGUUGGCACCAUCCAAUGUCAAUAACUUUCAAAUGGACGAUGUGCAGAAGCUUAAACAGCAGUUACAGGAUAUUAAGGAACAGACAAUGUGCCCCGUUUGCUUUGAUCGCAUUAAGAAUAUGGUCUUCCUUUGUGGUCAUGGUACAUGCCAAAUGUGCGGCGAUCAAAUCGAUGGUUGUCCAAUUUGCCGUAAAACUGUGGAGAAACGUAUUUUAUUAUUUUAAGCGUGUUACGCAUACAAAGGCAACAUAAUACAUAUUAAACAAAAUGUAUAUCUUCAAAUUGGCAGCUUUGCAAAAAUCAUAUCUACAUAUACCAUGCCCUGCUAUGUGUCUAUUACUAAGCUACUACAUAUUAUAAUCCUAUCACUUUCUACUGUAUCGCUUAUAUGUGUAUAUGCGCUAUAUAGUGGGUAUAAUACAAAUCUUUUGUAUUUAUCCCUUACAUACCUAUACUGUAUGCUAUAAGACCGAAUUCAAAUCUACUGUAUUUAACGCGCAAAUAAUCUCUAAUAUAUACAUAUGUUCUGCAUGUUUGUAAUGCGUAAAUAUAUUGAAAAAAAAUGCAUAAAUUGAUAGCAAGGAGAUAUUAUAUAUGCACUCAAAUUUGACUUAUUUUUCAUAAACUUUUUUUCAUUAGUUUAUAUACUCAUAAAACGUAAUUUUUUCCAUUAAAACUAUUUUAUAAAAGUACAUACAUAAAUAUGUAUAAUUUAGUAGCUGCAAUUCAUUGCCUUCUUAUUAUUUGUUUGCUUCCAAAAUAUCAUAUUGCUUAAAUGUAGUUAAAUGUAAUUAUUUAAUUACUCCCAAAAAAAAGUAAUAACGUUUGCCUUAUAUGUAUUUAUAUACAUAAAAAAAAUAUACAUAUAUACAAAAUACUUUAUUUUACUAAUUAGAACAUUCCCUUAUUUCGCUUUUAGCUUUAAGCACUACUUUUUUUUAGUCGUAACAAAUUUGAAAUUUUCCCUAUACAUACAUAUAACGAUACAAAUUAAUUUGCUGCUUCAUUGACAUACAUAUUAUAUACAAGCAUUUACCGACGUAGUAAAUAAAACCAACUUAAAACAUAA